GUUCCCGUGUUCUUCGGUAAAAUUCGUUUCAGAACCAUACAGCAGUUCCAAUGUCGGAUCCGAUCAUCCUUUCCGACGAAGAUGAUCCAAACACCCCACUCCCGUUACUCUCCAAGAAACGCAGAACCGAACCGGAUCUUUCGUUUCCUUCGGUGGUGGUGGUCGUCGACGAUCCUACCCCGAGGAAAUCUCUGGGCCCCGCUACUUCCACCCCCUCCUUCGUCCCCGAGACACCGAUGUCCGAGCCUACCGUCGUAAAAUGCAGCUACGUCGGAUCUUCAGUUUAUCCUGAAAUUAGGGUUUCCAAUACUGGUAGUAGCAAUGAUAAGCUCUCUGGAAUCAGCAGACUGAUAUGUUUGGAGUCUGACAAUGAGUCUGAAAGUGGUUCUAGAAGAGAAAAUUUGCAGAAAAAUGAAACUACUGAUGCUGCUUUUGAUGAGUUGCAGAAUUUUGAAUGGUGUUUUAGAAUUUCUGAUUCCACAUCUAAUAUUGACAGCAAAAUUUCAGGGAAUGCUAAUGAAGGUCAAAUGUGUGAGGAUAAUUUGCUGCAAAUGCAUUCACAAGACAAUCCUGAUCAGGUAAUUGAUGAUCGAAAGAAAGAAAAUUUUAGCAUGGGGCAGAUGGAUGAUAUACCAAAACGGAGCAAAAAAUGUAAAGUUACCUCCAACAAGAGAAAUGGUAGAGAUGGAGUGACAAGAAAGCAGAGGAUGACAGAGGAGGAACGGGCUCGCUUGAAGGAAGAAAAGAAGCUGAAGAAGGAGCAAGAGAAGUUGCAAAAGGCAGCUCAGAAAGCUGAGGCUGCUGAGUUGAAAAAGCUGCAGAAAGAGAAACAGAAGUGGGAAAAGGGUAAGUUUGCACUUAAAUCUAUUGUUGCUGAAAUUGACACCAAGGUGGUUGAAUUGGGAUCUGUUGGAGGACAUUUACUUUCAAGGUUAGCUGAUAAAGGCCUUAGAUACCGCAUAACAUCAAAUCCUGUUGAAAGAUCAAUUGUCUGGACCAUGACAGUCCCUGAAUCUAUUUCACAGCUUUCUCCACGAGGAGUAGAGAUUCCAUACAUAUUGCUUGUAUAUGGCGCUGCAGAAUUUUGUGAUCAUGUGACUAAUGAGACACUUUUUUGUCAUCUUUCUAAAGUUCGAAGUCAGUACCCCAAUUAUACGGUUUGCUGUCUCAUAAAUAGAUUACUGUCAUAUAUCAGUGGCAGAGAACGAGAGCAGUAUAAGGACCCAACUAAUGGUAAUGGAUGGCAACGGCCCCCAGUUGAAGAGGUGCUGGCAAAACUCACAACUCAUUAUGCCAGGAUGCACUCUAGGCAGUGUGCAGAUGAAGCUGAACUGGCAGAACAUGUUGUUGGUUUGACAAGCAGCUUAGCCUCUUGCCAAUUCCGAAAGAAGUUAACGAGACUAUCUGUAAAUGCCAAUGGAUCCCUUGUUCCGAAGGACUUUGUUUACAAGAAUUUAAUAAAAGAGAGUUUAUGGUUAAAAGCUUUGCUAGCCAUUCCAAAGGUACAGCCACGAUUUGCUCUAGCCAUAAGGGAGAAGUACCCCACCAUGAAAUCUCUUUUGCAGGUUUACAUGGACCCUUGUAAAUCAGUUCAUGAAAAGGAAUUUCUGCUGGAGGACUUGCCAGUAGAUGGGGGUGUUGGUAAUGAGAGAAGGUUGGGUGAGGUUUGUUCAAAGAGGGUGUACAGAAUACUUAUGGCCCAGAGUGGAAGCAUUAAAACUGAUGAUGUUGAGGAUGGUGCUGAUUUGUUCAGACAUGAAUAAUUUUGAAGAACUCAGUGGAUAUCUGGACUUAUCUCUUUAAUUUGGUAAACAAUAAAGGCUAAUAUGGCAUCAAAUCCCUCUGUAAGUUUCUGUGUUAUACUUCCACCUUCAUUGGUACUCCUCAAUCAUGCAUGUGUGGGAUAUGAUGCCCCCUUUCUGCACUAUUUGAAUUGAGCCAUCAUACCAGAACAAGCUUCAUAUAUUCAAACAGCUGUAAAACGAGUGUAGUACCAUCUAUUUCUUCUAUUUCCAAUUCCAAUAAAUUACAAGGCUGAAC